AUAUAGUUAUGAUCCUACGAUCAUAGUUUUACUUACAGAAUAUUUAAAGCUAUUUGCAUCAAUAGCUAUAUACUUAAAAAAUCAAAGUAUUCAUAGAUUUAUUAGCGAAUGUGUAUUACACAAAAAAGUUCUGGUGAAGUAUAUGAUUCCAGCUUUUCUCUAUUGUUUAUACAAUAAUUUGCAAUUUAUUAAUUUAUCAAAUUAUGACCCUACAACAUAUUUUAUUCUUUUGCAAUUUAGAGUUGUUGUGACUGGACUUAUAUACCAGAUACUUUUUAGUAAAAAAUUGACAAAAAAACAAUGGGUUUCUCUCAUAAUUUUGACUCUAGGAUGUGUGAUUAAACAGGCUAAAUUUAACACAGAAGCUAUUCAUACUGAAACUUUGAACCCUAAUAAAGAACAUGCCACUAUUUACAUCAUUUCUUCAUUGCUUAAUUUAUUAACUUCAAUCAAUUUGAAUUGGCACCUGGUUUUCAUUUUUAUACAAAUCCUUUGCUCAUGUUUUGCCGGCGUUUACAACGAAUUUUUGCUCAAAAACAAAUCAGGAAAAACUUUCCUUCCACCAGAUAAAUCAUCCCACAAACACACCCCCCUUAUCGAUGACCCUCAUAAAACCAAAAUUCUCAUGAUCUCGGACAAUGAAAAUUCCUUAAAUCUCCAGAAUGGCGAGACGUUAUCACCGGGUCUUGUGACCGAAAUGACAAAAUUAAGUGAUAAAAAUUCGACCGAAGAGGUACCUAUAAUGAUUCAAAACGUUUAUAUGUAUCUCGAUUCUGUGAUUUGCAAUUACCUUUACUCCAUCUUUUCUGCAAUAUAUACAGGCACUACCAGCGGUAUAAUGACCACCCAUCAUCCUUCUAACUUGAUCAACGUCAUAGCUUCCGACAUGACACUAAUAUUCAUUAUUAUCAACGGUGCCGGCAUUGGUCUUAUAACCAGUUUUUUCCUCAAAUAUCUGGAUUCUAUCCUUAAAAAUUUUGCUUCAGCAUUAGAAAUCAUAUUUACGGCUUUGUUAGCUAAGCUUAUCUUGGGUAUCCCGGCUGGGGGACUUAAAACGGCCAUAGCCACAGCCUUGGUCUUCUAUUCUGUGUGGCUUUACAGCGCUAAUCCCGUGACAAAAUAAGCAAACCAAAUUUACGAUAAAUUUAUUUAUAAAAAUCUAUUUUUUUUAAAAACAAAAAAAAGUAUUAUACACGUCUCCCCCAACCCGCCUACUUAGAUGAUAGUAAUCUAUAAAUGUAAAGGAGGACGGGAGGUAUUUGUGUUUUUCUUAAAUUUUUAUAACGAUUUUUUGUAUAUACUUACUAGAGGGAAGUUUAAAACGUUUAUUCUUGCACUGCCUAUUGUUAUUUUUAUUAUUACGGCUUUUAGUGUUGUUAUGAGUAUGAGACUUAUAGAAUUGUACAUACCAAAAGAUUAGCUCUGAAUUAUUUUCUUUGAUCAUCAUUUUAAAAAAAUCGACCUUUUUUAAAAAUUGAACAUUUGACACAUUAUACAUAUGUUUGGGUAUUAAACUAACAUUUUAGGGUUUUCUCAAUCUUUGUACAUUUUUAAAAAAGGGGGAUUCAAUUCAUGUAUUUUUAUAGCCUUUUACUAAGCAAAAAAUUUUAUCCUCAAAAAUCGUUAUAAAAUGACCUUAAGUUUUUUUCUAGCAGCAAUUCUUUUCCUAGAAAUUAAGUAUUUGUCUUUGAUAAUAAUUUAUUUUGAAAUUGAAA